UUCUAUGGAAAGGAGACGCCAGGUUUCUGUUAUGAGGCAGUCUCUCUUUGAUCAGGGAUAUCUUGAUGAACAAUUUAUUCAGCUGGAGGAAUUACAGGACAGCGAUAACCCUAAUUUCGCGGAGGAAGUUGUUACAUUGUUUUUUAGGGAUUCUGCCAGGUUGAUUGUUAACAUAGAGCAGGCAUUGGAAUGUAGUCCCCUCGAUUUCAAUGGGUUGGAUAACUACAUGCACCAGUUCAAGGGUAGUUGCUCAAGCAUUGGAGCUGCAAAGGUAAAGAAUGAGAGUACACAGUUCAGGGAAUACUGCAGUGCAGGAAAUGCAGAGGGAUGCAAGAUGUCAUUCCAACAAGUGAAGAAAGAAUAUUCAGCUUUGAGAAAGAAGCUUGAGAAUUAUUUUCAGGUAGCUAGACAAGCUGGACCCACUGAGACAGCAUGUCGCCCAGCUAGGAACUGAUGAGCAAUUAAGGAUGA